AUGUCGCGCAAUAACGAUGCAGAUAUCGACCCGCUUCCGGAUGAGCCACCGCCUCCGUACGAGCCUUUGCCUGGCGAAACGACUUCCUCCAUGACUACGACCGCUGCUCCGACAACGACGGCACCAGUGGCAACCGCGAGCACAACAACAGCACCGGGCGCAAAUACAAAUACAGCUUCACACAACCCCUUCUUGGCGCCCGAAGAGCGUCCAUCUGGAGCAUCUACGACCACAACGGCAGCGCCGGCUGCUUCGCCGAACCCUACUUCUCACACGAACCCGUUCUUGAGCUCGGUCACGCCGCAGCAUUCCGGCGCCUCUACAACGUUGAACACGCACACUACAGCUGCUACGAUCUCCGCUACUCCCCCACUACCGCCUCGGCCCGCGGCCGCUCACAGUCCGACGACAUCCAUCGCAGAGCCAACCGGACCGAGCCUAGACUCACGCCAUUCGCGGCACUCUUCCACGAUCACCUCGCCAGUCUCUCCUGUACCUCCAACGCCUUCAGCGUUCGCUCCACCACCUCGUCCUCCACCUACCGCCUCUUCAUCCUCCACCUCAUCUCGACCACCAGCAAGACCCAAUGACAGCUAUCGGCCAACUACGGUCCCCGCACCCGGUCAUCCGCUUCUACGCAAAGGGAAGCUCCUUGUUUAUCCUCGCAACUGGACCGGUUGUCCGAAAUGCAAUGAUACGGGCUACAAACAUGGCGAUCCCAACAACCCGCACAAAAGCUGUUGGGACAAGUACGGAAAGAAUUAUACUUCAGCGAUGUCCUACAGCACUGGUUUGAACAAUACGGGCACGUUGCAGAAGCCAUUACCGCUGCUGAAUGGUCCAAAUGCUCAGGGAAUGAAUCCGUGGAGCGGAGGACUAAGUCAUGGGCAUAUGCCAGGUGGAUAUCCGGGAGCUGGAGGUGGAGGAUUUGGUCCUCCUCGGUCGCCCCCUGGGCCUAUGCCAAGUCCGUACGGUGGAGGAGGGUAUGCGUCUCCAAUGCAUGCACCACCACUACACGUACCACCUCCACCACAGCGACCUCCACCAUCCCCAGCAGGGCUAGAUGCAGAAACAGAAGGAGCUCGCAUGUCCGACGUUCCACCGAACUAUCAGGACGCCAGCAACGUAGCAGAACACGAAAGGCUACCUUCGCAAUACGUGCCUCCCGCCCAGCCGCCGCCUGGUCACGGUCCGCAAUCUCCCCCUCUCCACUCACCGCCUCCUCAUCCGCCGCAGGGAGGAUAUCACUACGGCCCUCCGCCAGUAGCAGCAGGACCUCCAGGAGGCUUUGUGGGCGGAUUUGGUCGCGACCCUGGCGGACCAAACCCGUAUGUCACCUUUCAACCUCCAGCGUCAGGAUGGUACGGCGCAAGACCUCCACCACCAGGAGCGUUAGUUGUGAUGCCUGGUGACCCGAGGAUUGGUGGAAGGUUGUGUAACGAGUGUGGAGGAAGAGGAUUGACAGAGAGCUUUUGGUUUGGUGAUGAGACUUGUUUGCGUUGUAGAGGGUCUGGUAGGAUCUUUUAG